CGCCUUCGUUUAUCCAAUCAUGGCCUGCAAAAGAAGCUGCUCCAUGCUUGUUUUUCUCAUGUUUAUAUCCGUCUUUUCAACUGAAUUCUCUCACUCGACAGAUACUCUACUGCCAACCCAAUCCAUCAGUGAUGGACAGACACUUGUUUCUGCCAACAACACCUUCGAACUCGGCUUCUUCAGCCCCAACAAUUCGAGCAACCGCUAUCUUGGCAUAUGGUAUCACCAGAUUCCACAACAGACUAUAGUAUGGACUGCAAAUAGAGACAGUCCGAUUGCCGAUACCUCUGGUUUGCUUAAGUUCAGCGAUGACGGGGAUCUGAUGAUCGUCGAUGGCAGAGGGAGUUCAACGACAGUAGCUUCUGGUUCCGGAACAAAUAACACGGCACUCGCCAUCUUGGAUUCAGGUAAUCUUGUUCUGAGGGACGCCAAUAAUUUAUCACGGAUCUUCUGGCAGAGUUUUGAUUCUCCUACCGACACUUUCCUCCCUGGCAUGAAGCUUGGUCGAUGGGGUGGUAUAUCCCGGUUGCUGACCUCAUGGAGAAGCGACGAUGACCCUGCCCGUGGGGAUUUUUCUCUUGGGGUCGAUCCCAAUGGCUCGACACAAAUCUUUAUCUGGCAGAAGGAGACUACCUACUGGACAAGUGGGGUUUGGAACGGCCGGAUAUUCAGCCUUGUUCCAGAGAUGACACAAGAUUACAUCUACAGUUUUGAAUUUGUUACCAACGGUGAUGAAUCAUAUUUCACAUACCAUGUGAAAACUGAUUCCAUCCUUUCAAGGCUUGUAAUGGAUAGUUCAGGGAAAAUCCAGCAAACGACAUGGAUGGACAAAUAUCAAGAAUGGAUCCUGUUUUGGGCUCAGCCAAAACCACAGUGUGAUGUGCGCAACCUAUGCGGCGCUUUUGGAGUCUGCAAUGAGAAUAGCCUGGCCUCCUGUCAAUGCUUGGAGGGGUUUGAACCAGCGUCUUUGCCAGAGUGGAACAAUGGAUAUUGGAGCCACGGGUGCCUCAGAAAGACCAGCUUGCAAUGCAACAAGAUUGGAGGAGAGAAGGAUGCGUUUCUUAACAAGGCCCAUAUGAGGUUUCCCCUAGAUGCAGUUAAUUUGGAUAUUGGAGAGCCUGAAGAAUGUAAAAUGGCCUGUUUGAAUAACUGCUCAUGUAACGCGUAUACUUUUUCCGAAGGCUGUAACUUGUGGUACGGGGAUCUUAAAAAUUUGCAGGAAAAUUACGUGGGCACUGAGUCAGGAACUCUUUAUCUUCGCCUUGCCGCUUCCGAGUUAGCAUCUGGAGGGCAGUCGUACCCAAAAAAAAAUGCAGGGAAAAAGAGGCUUCCCUUGAUUAUGGUCACGGUGACGGCAUCUUUCACAUUGUUCAUUUUAUGCUUGCUGGUUAGUUUUCUGCGGAUAAAAAGACGACGAAGAGGAAUCAAGAGACCGUAUGAGGAGCAAUCUUUAUUCACAGUAAGCAAUGACAUAGCAAUUAAGCUUGGGGAAAGUGAGGACAAGGGUGGUCCAGAGUUCUCGUUGUUCCAUUUCUCUCACAUAGCAGAUGCCACGAACAACUUCUCAGCUGACCAUAAACUUGGAGAGGGCGGGUUUGGACCAGUGUAUAAGGGCCAAUUGCCAGAGGGACAUGAGAUAGCAGUAAAAAGGCUAGCUGCACACUCAGGACAGGGGCUGGCGGAGUUUAAGAAUGAAGUUCUUCUUAUAGCUAAGCUUCAGCAUAGAAAUUUAGUAAGGCUUUUGGGUUGCUGCAUUCAAGGAGAUCAAGAGAAGAUAUUGAUAUAUGAAUACAUGCCAAACAAAAGCUUGGACUUCUUCCUGUUUGAUGCGGCCAGAGGAGCACUAUUGGACUGGGGCAGGCGCUUGCACAUCAUCGAAGGGAUUGCUCAAGGCCUUCUGUAUCUUCACAAGCAUUCUAGGUUGCGAAUCAUCCAUAGGGAUCUGAAAGCCAGCAACAUUCUCUUGGAUGCCGAUAUGAACCCUAAAAUAUCUGAUUUUGGCUUGGCUAGAAUUUUUGGCUCAAAUGAAACCCAAGCAAACACAAACAGAAUAGUCGGCACAUACGGCUACAUGUCUCCAGAGUAUGCUGCAGAGGGUCUUUUCUCUAUCAAGUCUGAUGUCUUUAGCUUUGGAGUCUUGCUUUUAGAGAUUGUAAGUGGAAAAAGAAACGCCGGCUUUCAUCAAUAUGGCAACUCUAUUAACCUCCUAGGAUUUGCAUGGGAGUUAUGGAAAGAGGGUAAGUGGUUGGAGCUUAUCGAUCCAUCAUUAGCUGAUGAGUCUCCCAGACAUGAGAUAUCAAGAUGCAUUCAUGUGGCACUAAUGUGUGUGCAAGAGAACGCCGCUGACCGACCCACCAUGUCAGAUGUGGUUGCUAUGCUCACUAGAGAAAGUUCGGCCUUUCCAGAUCCUAAACAGCCUGGUUUCUUCACUGUUAGAAUUGCAACUGAAGGAGAUUCACGAUCAAAUAUGGACGGAAACUGUUCUCUGAAUAAUCUAACCAUCACGUUUCCAGAUGGUAGGUAGUACUAUUUCAGUUUUGUAAUUCUGCAGAAUGGUACAUCAAUCUAAAUGCAAGUGGGAAUACCACUAACGGAGAAAAGCUUG